UGCACCACCAACACCAGUUUCGCAGUAUAUAUACAUUCGGCCUCGACAAUGGGUGUUGGACGUCGCAUGAAGAAACAGGGGCCUCCGGAGCCCCUGUCCGAGGCUCACUUUGCCAAAUUGAAGAGAAAAGCUGGGCUGCCCGUGGAUCCUGUCGAAGCGCCCGAGUCCAAGAAAAGGCGGACGAACAAGCAACAAGCGAAGCAGAAGGCGUCCAAACCGACCAACGAGCCCAAAGCUGAAACUGCACAGCCGAGCAGAAAGAAGGCAAAGAAGUCAAAAUCUAAACCCCAGCCUGAAGAAGAUGAGGAAUUGGAGGGACUAUCCAGCGAUGACAAUCUGGAUCAUGACUCCUUCAGCGAUCUCGACCAAAUGGGAAGCGACGACGAUGCUUUGCAACUGGGAGACGAUUUCCUAGGCUCAGAUGACUCCGUCUAUGACUCCGACGAAGGACAGGUCAAGGGAAAGACCAAGACCAAACACGUAUUCUCCGAGGACGAGGAUGAGUCUGACGGGGAAGAGGCCUUAACAGCCGCAAACAUUGAAGGGUUGUCGAGGAGAAUCGAGGAGGAUGCAGCGCAAGACGCAGCCGAUGCGCAGGCUGAGCUUGAGGAGAUGGGCAUACAAACCAACAUCGAGGGCGACAAAGCCCACAUUCUCGACGACGAGGACGAGGACGAUGACCUGGCGGUCAAGACCAAAACUCUCCUAGCACCCGAUCUGCAGCUUCUCAGGAACCGGAUCACGGAGAACAUCCGGGUGCUUGACGACUUUUCCAAGCUGUCAGAGGAGGGUCGCUCUCGCACUGAGUACACUAGCCAGCUCAUCAAGGACAUCUGCGCCUAUUAUGGCUACUCCGAAUACCUUGCCGAGAAGCUGUUCCAACUUUUCCCCCCGAGAGAGGCCUUCGCUUUCUUCGAAGCCAACGAGUCGCCGCGCCCCGUCGUGAUACGUACCAACACGCUCAAGACCCAUAGGCGGGAUCUCGCCCAGAGGCUGAUUUCCCGUGGCGUCGUCCUUGAGCCCGUCGGCAAAUGGUCCAAGGUCGGCCUCCAGGUGUUCGAAACCAACGUCCCUCUCGGUGCGACGCCCGAAUAUCUGGCCGGUCAUUACAUCCUACAGGCGGCCAGCUCGUUCCUGCCCGUCAUGGCGCUCGAUCCGCAGGAGAACGAGCGAGCCUUGGACAUGGCUGCCGCGCCCGGCGGUAAAACGACGUACAUGGCUGCUCUGAUGAAGAACACCGGCUUCGUCCUUGCCAACGACCCCAACAAGUCUCGUGCCAAGGGUCUUAUUGGCAACAUUCACAGACUCGGAGCCCGAAAUGUGGUUGUGUCCAACUACGACGCGCGUGAAUUCCCAACGCCCAUGGGCGGUUUCGAUCGUGUGUUGCUCGACGCACCAUGCUCCGGAACUGGUGUCAUCGCCAAAGAUCCUACUGUCAAGACGAACAAGACUGAGCGGGACUUCAUGCAGCUGCCACAUAUGCAGAAGCAGCUGCUCCUAGCGGCCAUUGACUCUGUAAACCACGCCAGCAAGACCGGGGGCUACAUUGUCUACUCGACAUGUUCCGUUACGAUUGAGGAGAAUGAACAAGUUGUUGCCUACGCUCUAUCGCGGCGCCCCAACGUCAAGCUAGUGGAUACUGGCCUUCCAUUCGGCAAAGAGGGUUUCAUCUCCCACAGGGGCAAGCAAUUCGAUCCCUCCCUGCGUCUGACGCGGCGGUACUACCCGCACACCUACAACGUCGAUGGCUUCUACGUUGCCAAGUUCAAGAAGAUUGGUCCCACUCCGGCCAAGGCCGUGGGUGUCAAGGGCUCCACAUCCUCCAAGAACGGCGUCAGCGCCGAAGCCGGCGAUGGUGCUGGUGUCGACGGUGAGGAAGUUGUCGACAGGACGCCCAUUGGCGCGGAAGAGAGCGCUGUGAAUGGCGACGACGACGACUUUGGCGGAUUCGACGAUGAGGAAGACACCAGCUACAUGGAGAAGGCCAAGAGGAACGCUAUGCGGAGGAGAGGGUUAGACCCGCACGCACUUGACAAGCCGAAGGGGAGUGGAAAGCCCAAGGAAAAUGGAAAUCCGAAGGACGAUGCAAAGCCCAAGGAGAAUGGAAAGUCCAAGGAGAAGAAGGAGAAGAAGGAGAAGGAGAAGAAGAAGACCGAGACCAGCAAGGAGUGAGAGUGAAGCUCAUAUCUUCGGUUGGGAAUUCAUCAUCACCUUACCUACCUUACCUUACCUUACCUUACCGUACCGUACUUACCUUUUCGCCAUCUUUUGAGGUUUCUGAGAUGCCGCCAUCCUGUUCUGUUAUAUGCUGUGUUUGGGUUAGGAGUUGUCUGUACAUAGGGGAAUGAAAUGGGAAGAGAGAAAAGCAAUUGCGAUGCCAU